AUGGACACCCUCCCGCUAGAGACUCUCCAGCAUAUAUUCGAACUCGCAUGUACAGACGGAGGACGCACGGGGAACUCCCUCUCGCUCGUAUCGAAAGGCAUCCGCGCAGCGGUGCGCACGACCCGCUUCCACUCUAUCGCCCUCAUCGCCAGUCCCCGCCGCCUCCAGUCUUUCAUCGACCUCUACCGGCGCGAAUGUGAUCCCGCGCGCGGAGACAGGCCACGCAUCCAACACAUGCAUGUGGCGUUCCCCUACAUCGACCUCGAGGCUAUCGUGCACGUCGUGGGGGGGGGACGACAUGUUCUGGCCCCUGGUGCACACGCGCUCGCUCGAACCCUUCCCGAGUGCCCUAGCUCAAAGUACUUUGCGAAGGGCCACUGUCAGGGCGGCCGUCCCGGCCGAAGGCGCGUCCGAGGGUGCCGCGUGCACAUCUGCGGCGAAGGCGCCGCCUCCCGUCUUGCAACGCAAUGCGGGGCGACCCAGUAUAUGGACGAAAACGCUGCGAGCUGCCUGGAGCUACCGCUCUAG